GCUGCAGCUCAACUGCAGAAAGGGCUGAUUCUCGUUUCUCGUUAAAACAUGAAGAGCGAGAUGGAGAAUUUUCAAGGGCAAAUUUAGCAUCAUCCAUUUUGUGAGUUGUUACAAGAACUCUUUUGUGGACUACUGACAUGGAUCCGGGUUGAAACUGGGUUUCCAUGUGGGAGGGGAGGGAUUUGAAUGUUGAGCGUGUGAUCCCUGAAUAUGUUUGUUUUUUCCAAGAUGCAAGAUUCCUCUAGCUUCCAAUUCUAGGGCCGGCGGAUCCGAUGUCUUUUGGAUGACGGAAACCGCAGAUGCAAAGUCAAUACGGUUCCCGCAAUUUAAGAAUGAAUGGCUUUCCGGCUGACGCGGCCAUCGUAUCCACGGCGCGACGCGGGACGUCGUCGCCCGGAUUCCUACGGCGACGACAUGCUUAUCUAUCAAAAAAGCAAGACAUCUGGCUGGCCGCCCCCAGGUUCCUGGGGGGGACUUCAGGGGCCUCCGUACAGCUGGGACAGCAUGAACUGCAACAGGGAGGGCCAGAACUUCCUCACCAACCAAGUGUCCCAGAACAGCUCCCUUGAGGAGGUUCACCUGGACGGACUGCCACCCGCGCCCCGCUCGGUGGAGAUGAGGCGCGACCCCGUCCUGGGCUUCGGCUUUGUGGCGGGCAGUGAGAAGCCAGUGGUGGUCCGCUCGGUCACGCCAGGUGGUCCAUCAGAGGGGAAGCUCUUACCAGGUGACGAGAUCGUUAUGAUCAACGACGAACCCGUCGGUUCGGCUCCAAGAGAACGAGUCAUCGAUCUUGUCAGGAGCUGCAAAGAAUCCAUCCUAUUGACUGUUGUCCAACCAUAUCCCUCGCCUAAGUCAGCGUUCAUCAGUGCGGCCAAAAAAGCUAUGCUCAAGUCCAAUCCAGUCAAAGUUCGCUUUGCUGAAGAGGUCAUCAUAAACGGCCAGGUUCCAAACCCAGUGAAGGACAACUCUCUUCUGUUCAUGCCAAAUGUCCUGAAGGUCUACCUAGAGAUUGGGCAGACAAAGUCCUUCCGCUUUGACUGCAGUACCUCCAUCAAGGAUGUGAUCCUCACCCUGCAAGAGAAACUGUCCAUCAAAUGUAUUGAACAUUUCUCCCUCAUGUUGGAGGAGAAGAUGGAAGGUUCCGCAAACAGACUGCUUUUACUGCACGAACAAGAGAUGCUUGCUCAGGUGACCCGCAGGCCUCGUUGCGAUAAGAUGAAGUGUUUCUUUCGAAUCAGCUUCAUGCCCCGUGACCCUGUGGAGCUGCUGCGAAGGGAUGCCGUGGCAUUCGAAUACCUCUACGUGCAGAGCUGCAAUGACGUGGUCCUGGAGCGAUUCGGCUCCGAACUCAAGUACGACGCGGUGCUCAGACUAGCGGCGCUGCAAAUGUAUAUCCUCACUUUGACAACCAAGCAAAGCCAGAAGGUCUCACUAAAAUAUAUCCAAAAGGAGUGGGGCCUGUCACUGUUCCUGCCUCCUGCUGUGUUGACCAGCACCAAGGAGAAAAACAUCAAAAAAGCGCUGACGCACAUCCUCAAAACCAACCAGAAUCUCGUGCCUCCUGGGAAAAAACUAACUGCUUUACAGGCCAAGGUGCAUUACUUAAGGUACCUCAGUGAGCUCCAACUUUACGGGGGGCGAGAGUUUAAAGCAAUACUUUUGCAAGGUGAGAAACAAAUCGAGGUUACGUUGUUAGUAGGUCCUCGUUACGGUAUCAGUCACGUCAUCAACGCGCGGACCAACCUGGUAGCCCUCUUGGCCGACUUCAGCCACGUCAACCGAAUCGAAAUCCUCACGGAGGAUCAAAACAACGUUCGGCUGGAGUUGCAUGUUCUGGAUGUCCGGCCCAUCACACUCAUUAUGGAGUCAAGUGACGCAAUGAACCUGGCCUGUCUAACGGCGGGCUACUAUCGCCUCCUAGUGGACUCGAGGAGAUCUAUUUUCAACAUGGUCCACUGCAGCAACUCUGCAGGGGAUGACGACAGUGAGGAUCGUGUCCUGGAGUGGCCGUACAGCACAUCUUUCGGUGACGGCGAGGAGCUAUCGCAGAGCCGGGCGGAGCUCUACAGAUACUCUCAAUACUCGGACAACGAGCAGAGAGAAAACAGCUUCUAUCCACACUUCCAUCAAUCCCAAAAUCGUGACGGGGACCUUCAGAGCCCGAGUCCGGUGCCGCCUCCCAUUCCCCCCUCGACCAGACACAAACCUCAAGAAUCGCCUCGUAGUGCCAAAGUAUCAUUUAUCUUCGGAGGGGACCCGCCGUUAAACAAGCCCGGGAGCUUGGCCUAUGAACAACUUCUGGAAAGUGAGGAGUUAGCCCAGCACAGACCGCCGCAAUACUUGCACAAUACCAACUUUGAGGCACAGGACAGAAUGUCAUUUCACUUAGGCGGUCUGACACACGUCUAUAGCAACAUAAAUGACGAAGGGGGUGAGGAGCCGCUGUUAAGAGACCUGUUUUAUCGCGACACAACGGACGAUGCGGAGGAUGAGGACGAGGCUUCUUGUGAAGAAGAUUCCACCGUAGGAACGCCGGCCGUUGACGGCCGAGGGGGCGAAGGAGUUGCCACGGCAGCGGGCAAAGCUUCUUUCCUGAUGCUUUCUGGACCUACUGACGAUAUCAUCGACCUCACGUCCCUACCUCCGCCCGAAGGAGACGACACGGUCGACGACGAUGAGAACGACUCCAUUCUGCAGACGCUUAACCUCGCAAUUGCGGCGCCGCCCCCCGGCUUUCGCGACAGUUCGGAUGAGGACGCGGCGCCUGACGGGAGGCUUCUGAGUCCGGACGAGAAUGAUGAUAUUCCAGUGUCGUUAAUUGAUGCGAUCCCUACUCAAGAGGAGGGAAGAGGGGCGGAAAAGAUGGAGCUGGAGAAUACAGUCGUAAACACUCUGCAGGCACUUGAAGCAUUGGCUGUCUCUGAACAGCGGCCUCCGCCACCGCGUCCACCGCCGAGCAGGAACAAUCCAGGUGUUUACACAUCUCACGGCUUUAGCCCGGAGUCUUCUUCAGACUCCGGAAACGAAACAAACUCCUCCGAAAUGACAGAACUGUCGGAGCUGGCCGCUUGCCAUCGACUGAGCGAGAGCCAUAUGCGUCUCCUGGUGGCCACGAGGGAGGGGUACCAGCCUUUGCUGGAGGAGAAAACGGAAUUCCCCGUUUCGCCCGGCACUGAAGGAACGACCCACAAGAAGUCCCGUACUCCGCAGCACCUCCGACCGCCUGCCGUCCCGCCGAGACGGAGUCCCCAUUUGGACACGGUGCCAUCGUUACGGCCAGACUGUCUGGGCGGGAGAUCUCAGACGAACCUCUCCUCUACCCUUCAGCGACCGAGCUCCACCACACCGGGUGGCAAGCAUCACAAAAAGUCCGCAGACUCGAGCGGAAAGUAUAACACCUUUAGCACAAGGGAAGGGUACCGAGGCGGAAGCGUCGGCCUCGAGAAUAAUCAGCGCCUUUCAUUCUGCGAUCGAGGAGGAAGCCAAAGAAAACACAAAUUGUUCUCAGAGGAAAACUCCAGUGUUCAAGAUCAACAUGUAAACAGUCACCUCAGCGACCACCAGAGAAUUCCCCGUCCUCCUUCCUCGAAAUCGGACGGCCUUGUAGACGUGAGCGCGUUAGAGUGCGCUCUAGAUAAUAGAGCUGUUGAGCAAGAUGAACAUUUAGUGGUGGCCUCAUUGCUGUCUCCAAGUAAAAACAACAGAUUGGUGGCUUCUGACCAAGCAUCGGACCUACAGAACGACCAUCCGCCUAUUUCGAGACAGCAGAGUGUUGCGCGUUUGUGCGAGUACCAUCUUGCGAAAAGGAUUUCUAACUUACAAGGAGAAGCGCACAGUUCUCUACAAGGCUCGCUGUGCUCAUCACUGGAUGCCGGCGGCAGCGCAAACAGCAGCGUCUGCGCCACCCCUACCGACUCGCCGCUCGGUUCGGGGGCGACCGAGUCCAAACACCACCGUCUACAAAGGCACCCCAUCUCUAGUUCCUCUUCGUCUUUACUCAGGGUCUUAAACUAUGACGAAUCAAAACCUGGCCAGAACCCGCAAGCGAAGGAUUUUCACCCUCACGCGGACCCUGUCCUCCUUCGAAAAAUGCUUCCCAACAUUCACAAUCCUUCUGCUGGCGCUGAGCCAGUCCGUCCGUCUUCAGCCACGCCAUCUAAACAUAAAGAAAUAAUGACAAGCAAGAAGCCCUGCUAUAAAGGCUCAAACCAAAAGGAAGGCAGCGAAGCGUACAGACAAUUGAUCAACUAUUUAACCGUAAGCCAAAUGCACCAAGGUGGAAAGCUACACAGUGCAGGCAUGGGCGGCGGUGUGAAAAAAGACACUCGUCGCUACAUCACCAGCAACCCUCAGCUUGUCGAAAUGGUGAAGAAUCGAGGGAACACGCUCCCUCGAUGCCAAUGUAUGCCGUCCGCCGGGUCGUCCGCCUUCGUUCGCCCGAAUUUGUCAAACCCCAACGCCUUGCAGAUGAUGACUAAAGAUCAAAAAUCAAAUCACUCCGCCACACUUCCCGCCAAACUGAAAAGAAACCCUGAAAUGUACAUGUCAAAUAAUAGGUUAGAUGUGCAGCACACACACGCAGAGAGAAGAAGCUCCUUCUCUGGACUGGAAAGUGAUCUUGAGAGGAGCGGUAUGGACUCGGAUCAAUUCCCGCCGUUGUAUAAGAAAGACGGCUACAUCUCCCAUGAAAGAGGGGGAAGCGCUGGCAGGCCUCCACCUCGCUCAAGAAGCCAACCCAGUUGCGGCACAGAGGAUUGGUGCAGAGUGGACUCGAGAGAAAGGCACGCAUUUCUUCAACCCUCCGCCUCCUGCCUGGGUGGUCAGCGAGUAGACCUAAACAGCUUCUCUCUAGGAAGGGGUCCGUCAGCUUUCACCAGGCAGACGAGUACCGCGGCGGGCAUUCCUUCUCCAUCCCCGCCACUUCAACCGCAAUCUCUCCCUCCUCCUGUAUUGAUUCCAGCACAAGCCAGCCCCGCUCCCAGCAACUCUGGACGCACGCCGGACGCCGUACAUUCAAGCAUGUCCCCGCCAAAUCAGAACUACAUCGGUGCCAUCGACCCGAGCCCGUCGCAACUCGAUCCUUUCAACAAUUACCCCCAAAGGGGCCGUGAACUAAAACGCAGCUCUAGCAAUGUCACCAAUAGCUCCGGUAGCGCGGAGGUUCUUUUCGAGAAGGCCGGCCGAAGCCUGAGCCAGCAGCCCUCGUCGCCGUACGUGCUCCAGCAAGAAGAGACCAAAGCCCAGAGGAGACCGACGAGGAAGAGGCUAUCGAAGAGCUACUCCCAAGGUUCGGUGUCAUCGCACGCCACGUGCUGGUCUUCGGGCACCGGCGUUGACAGCAGAAGGGCUUCGGUAGCGUUUCCUUUGCAGAAAGAAAAACAAAUGAAGGGCUCUCAAAAACUGGACACCAGUCCGUGGAGGUGCAACGGACCCUUUAGCUACUGUUUCUUUAAACGUAAAAGCGAGGGAGAAGACGACGAUAGCGAGUGGGACGCACCGAGACGGAGUCGUGCCGGGAGUAAUCUAGAUAACGACCGCGCCGCAUCGCUGGCCAUAUUCCCCUGCGGCUCGGCGGUGGAUGCGGCCGGCGAGCAGCUGUACGGCGAGGUCCUUAACAACAUGAGCUUCGGCGACCGUCUGGCCCGAGUCAACGCCCUCAAAGACCGCAUGUACAGCUUCCCUUCCGGCUUCACGGACGUGCGGCGCGACGCCAGCGAGCUCAUCGCUUUGGUGAGGUCCAGCAUAGGUCGCUGCGAUCGCGGGGUCCAAAUGCCAAUGCAGCAAGUGUCUCAGUCCAAGCAACUCCUCUCGGUGGAGUCCAAAGAGUUGGGCCGCGCGUGCCGGCGCAUGGCGCAAGCGCACAGUAGUCCUGAGGAGAUGCUACUGGCUGUUACGUGCAGUUUCCAGGUGCUGUGUUGUCUCUGCGAAGCGUGUAUGUGUCUGGUAAAGGGGCUCAGCACCUCGGCCUCGCACCAACAGAGAGAGGUCGUAGCAAAAGUCGAUGAAGUUGUUAUGAACUAUAUCUGUUUACUCAAAGCAGCAGAGGUCGCGACUGUCGGAGCACCGGGAGAGCACAGUGUCAAGGCCCUGGUAAGACAUUCUAGUACCAUGUCAGCCAUUGCUAAUGCACUCACGCGUUCUCUUAAAACACUGCUUAGCAAGUAAAGUUUUCUGGACGACUCUUGCUGUCUACUGUGGCCUAUGCCUUCUGCAGAAGUCUGUUUUUUCCAUCGUUUGUGCGUAGUUCUUUAGAGGCUACACCGGGAGUUGAAUUUUUUGGACUGUUACAGUAAACAUUACCAUCUGAAAAAAAUGCUCCAAAGUAGUCCUCACGUAACAUCAUUUUGAUUUCGGUGUAUAUUUUCAAAAAGCCACAAGUUUGCCGACCUUAAUGUGAUAUACUUAAAUCUAGUGGAACGCCCUUUACCUGUGCAUCACGUAAGUAUGCAUUCUUUUCAAAUGUACAUAGAUAACUGUACAUAAUGUAUUUUGUAAACCUAAUUACGUUUUGCAGUAGCAAAUCCAAUCGGUUCAUUAAGUGCAGUUUUUCUACCGAUGCAUACGAUCUUGAAAUUUCAAAAGUCUAAUCAGAUGAGAGGGAGCCUUUUAUGUGCUAAAUUGUGAAAGGUAACAGUGUUUUGUUACAAUCUGACAGCAAAGGAUAUAAGGGUUGUUGACUACACAAUUUCACCAUGUUAACCAUUGCUUGAUACUGUAUUUCACCACGUUUUUUAGAAUUAAGCAACUUCUUUUAUGCCAUAUUUGAUUCAAGACUGUUUUAGCUAUAUUCAAAUUAUUUUCACCUUUCUGCGUGAUAUUGGUUCUGGAAUCACCUUUGUGCUCGAACGUUGGACUCAAAAAUGGAUCUAAUGCAGUGAUGUCUGAUGACAAAAUAAGUAAUAGCUUUUGAUAAGGCACAAUCCUAUUAAAACGAAAUGUUUUAUUUUUUUGUCUCUCUCUGUGUAUUUCUAUGAAACCUUCAGAGGGAAAUCUAAAAAAAAAAAAGCGUUCGUGUGCCUUAGUAAUAAAAUAAAACACGCGUCAAUCGUAACCCCGCUCCUUCAAUUGUUUGCCUGUUUACCGCUUGCAGCCAGGUCCACCAAUCAGAUGGAGAUAUGUACAAUAGCCACGCCUGCGCGGGUUAUCGCGUGUAGUACGUUCUAGAAUAAGUGUGUUUGAAGUAUGGUAUCUUAUCCUAGAAUCUAUUAGAUUCUUUUCUAUGCUUUUUAGCUUUACAUUGAAUGUCGACUUUAUCAGAAGCCACGCUGGAACUAUACUGGUUGAACUGGCCAAGGCUUUGACCAUUAUCAAGAAAAGAAGUACUCAGUGGCCCCCUUUGUGGGCUCAAACAUGUGCUAAGAUGAGCAUCAUUUGUUAGCAGCAGCAGCAGCAGUAAGGAUGGGCAAUACCAGUGAUUUUGGAUUCGAUCCGAUAGCAAGUAAUACCAAGGCCAAAUAUUGCGAUGCCCAUCCGAGAUCGAUACCGGAAGUUCAUAUUUUUUAUUAGGGCUGUCAAACGAUUAAAAUUUUUAAUCGAGUUAAUUACAGCUUAAAAAUUAAUUAAUCGUAAUUAAUCCCAAUUAAUCGCAAUUCAAACCAUCUACAAAAAUGCCAUAUUCUUCUGUAAAUUAUAUAUAUAUAUUCUGUAAAAUAAAUUGUUGGAAUGGAAAGAUAAGACACAAGAUGGAUAUAUACAUUCAACAUACGGUACCAAAGGACUGUAGUGGGCAUUUCACUCUACUGUCAUUUAAAUCUGUCUAUGCUGUCCUCACUCCGAAGCGUCUACUUUUUCCAAAGCUAGACAGCUAGUGAACGACACCUUAAUAAUUAGACUUCUUCCUUUUUCAUCUGAUUUAUUAAUAAAAUGGCCUCAAACCAUUGUCCUCUUUAGACCAUCGUAAAACUACAAAAAAAAGUACACAAGCAUUGCAUUAGCAACAACGUUAGCUUAGCACGCUAUACAGGUUCACUAAACAUAAACAAAAAGCGUCUCAUACAAAAAAUAUAACAUUUCACUUACUAACACAAUAUGUACAUUCUUUACAACAACCAUACUUACGGACAAAUCUUGUCCAAGGAUCAUAUAAGCACAACAUUAUCAGCCCGAGACGUCGUGCAGCCAUAACGAACUGGAAAGAAAACAAUAAACCAUGUCGCAAAGCGACCACAAGAGUUCGCUGUUGGACAGCACAAAAUGUCUUGCUGUAAAACUUACCAAAAGGCAGAAUACUUUCUGAGCGGGACAUGUGCGUUAAUUGCAUCAAAUAUUUUAACGUGAUUCAUUUAAAAAAUUAAUUACCGCGCGUUAACGCGAUAAUUUUGACAGCCCUAUUUUUUAUAUAUAUAUAUACACAACCCUGCAGAGUUCUCAGCCAUUCUAAUGAUAUCUAAUGUACAACUACGGCAAGCACUCACAAACUAUUAAAAGUCUCUUUGUGUCAAAUAUGCAUUGCAAUGGAAAAACUGCUGCUUUUAAUAACUAGCAAAGCAGUUUCCCGACAAACUCACAAACCAAUCAAUCAACAACAAAAUCUGAUUUGUCAGUCUUACUCUUUAACCAUGACCCUUAAACUCAGAUGCACAGAACAUUUCCCUGCUACACGUUGUAUUUGAUCAAAUUGUAAUCUAGUUAAAUAUUUUUGAUCUAAUUAAAGAACAAAUUAAUAGUAGCAUGUUACCGCCCUCGAAUGGUAGAUCAUUCAAAACAAAUCCAAUAAGCAAUACUCACUUGCCAUUUUUGAACUUUAUUUUACUAACACAAUUUUCAAACAGAUUUUGAAAUAAUUGAAACAGACCUUUAACAAAAUAAAAAUAAAUAGCAACAAAACAUAAGAAAUCAAGCAUUUAAUUGUUUGUAACAUAAAACAAUAUGGAAAAAUAUAUUUCACAGAAAAAUAAAUAUUAAACAAAUUAACAAGAAAUAAUAAUGAAUAAGAAAUCAUAAUAAGGUCAAGUAAGGCAUUAGGUCAGUAGGUUUCCUUUUCUUGAGAACCUUGAAGUCUGCAGCAGGAUAGUUUAAAUAUUUAACAGAGCAUUCACUUAACACUUUUAUCAAAUUCCCUGUACCUGAUUUUUUUUGUGGAAUAAGAUAAAAUACGUAUUUUGUAUUUUUGAGUUUGGACAGGAAAAUAAUCAUUCCCGAUUUGUGUGAGCCUCUUUUUUUGGUAAAAUCAGGUAUGGUUCCUUUAAGCCAGGGGUCCCCAACGACCGCGCAGAAAUAAUAAAUUAUUUAUUAACGACUGCAUUCUGGCCAAUUGACUUUGGCCUGUGCCGCUUAACACACCAAUAUCCCUGUCUACUCUAGAUAUACAACUACAGGAUAGGAGGUCGUCAUAGAAAUGCAUUGAUUGGGCUGUUAGCACUAAAUCUCGUUUUGUAUAUCUAUGCGCGCUUGGACUCGAUAAUAACGUAUGACGUAGGUCGUCGCCAAUCACAUUUCUUCCCGGAAAUAAUUUGCCCCCACACUAGAAUGACUGAAUAACAGACGUCUUUGGACAGACUUUGUACGGGGAAAAGGGAACCUGAUGAGCCAGAAGAUGUGCCUACAACCUUGAAGAAAACAACAUUUAUGCUACUUCCCAAUCACUAAAGACGCACGAACUGCGAAGGAGUGAAUUCGUGACCCGUAUGUGAAUAAACCGAGUUAUUCGAGCAUGUCUGUGGAACAGGAAUAUCAGCUUGUUUAGAUCGCAAAUCACGGCGACUUAAACGUACAUUUGAGACAACAACUCUACUGAAGUUCUGGAUUAAAGUCAUUUCGGAAUAUCCUGACAUCGCUAGGAGCGCGCUGAAAACUGCUACAAUUCACAACUUCGUGUAUUUGUGAUGCUAACUUCUCUCACUCUCUCAUCUCGGGACCAUCUCGUCUCAACGAAACAAACUCAGGCCUCCCACUGAUUCAGCGGGUGAGUUGUAUUUUUUCCCUGCACUUAACAUGAUGGGGCUAAAAACAAAUGCUAUUUUAUAUUUGCUAUAUUUUUCUGCCGCACAUUGCCGGUGUUCUGACAAAGUUGGCAUGUGUGUAACGUUAAAAAGGACCGCGAAUGCAGCGAUUCCAAAGUACACACUACAAACUUUCUUUAAAGAAAGGAAUAUUAACUUACGUUUGCCAUGUUAGGUGCACACAACAACUGCACGUAGCCCUCUCACUUAACGACUUCGCCAUGUCGUUAAGCAUUAAUUUACGCCAUUUCCGUGUUGCACAUGUAUGUUUAUGAUGUAAAUAGUUUUUUAGCACCAUUGGAUAACAUUGAGAGUCCAACUGAAUAUAAAAGAGGGCUUUUUUCACCGCCACAAAAGCUUUAGGAGCAAAAUUUUAUAAGGUUGCAAAAUUUGACAGGACACCGGUCCGUGAAAAAAAGACCCAAAUCACACCGGUCCGUGGUGCAAAAAAGGUUGGGGACCCCUGCUUUAAGCAACAUAUGAACACAUUUUCAUGAGCACAACAAUGUCAAGAACACAUAGCUGCUCACACCAACGAACAUUUACUUACCUGACAUGUAACGGCGAACACUUCCGCCUUUGUCAGAGGGUCCUCUGACGAAGGCGGAAGUGUUCGCCAAAACAUGUCAAGUAAAUAAACCCACUACUAUUGCCUGGGAUAAAAGAAAAGCUUUGAAAAGCAUAUAUAUCAUAUAUACAAUAAUAUCGUUAAUAUGUCAAUGGUGGUGAAUGAGUUAUUAUUGUAAUGAUAUAUUUUUUAUUUAUGGGUUUCGUAGAUAUUUUCAUUUCUAAUCAUAUAAAUACACCAAGAGUGGUACCGCAACAUAUGAUCGCAUCGACAUACGAACGCAUCGACAUCCGACGGAAACGUUGACUCGUCAUUUGUCUCGACUAGGCAUGAGCCGUUAUGAGAUUCUGACGGUAUGAUAACCUUCAGUCAAAAUUUCACAGUAUUUCAAUUACAGCUCUAAAAUGUGUUACUUUGAGAUAUCUGGGUUAAAAAAAAAAAGCAAUUGAAGAGGAUUUUAUUUUUCAUAGCCUUAGCAAAUUGGGACUUAGGUAUAAUUUUAAGUUAAUAUAAAUCUAAAAAAAACCAAAACAAAAUAUUCAAACUAAAAUUACUUAAAAAACUAAAAAAUAAAUGCGGCCCUUUAGGUGAGCCUAAACCCACAGCCGCAGCUCAACCUUUAGAACCUUCAGAACAAAAAUGAAUUAUUUUACAUAAAAACCAUGUGUUUAUGACUCGUAUAAGUUUACAUUAUACGCACACUCUCUUUCUCAACACAGACGGUUGCCAGAGAGAAAAAAACAGGUUUUACCACCGCUAGACACACUAAACACGCUGGAGUUAACUCUCGUAGCUGGUGGGAAACGUUCAUAACAGUGUUUACUAAGCCUGAACGAUAUAUCGUUUAAACAUCGCCAUCGUGAUGUGCGCAUGCGGAAUAGUCCGAUCGCAAGGACGUGCAAUAGUUAAUUUUUUUUAAACUACAAACUUCAUGCUCUCCGCAUAGCCUAACUACCUCUCCCAGCUCUUUGUUCCUUAGUACUGCGGCACUUGCUUAUUAAAGUUAACGAUGUUGACAGAUGGUUGUGUUUGAUCUUGCCAGAGAAGCGGACUUCACAUGUGCCGCAUACGUCAAUCAUCGUUUAACUUGUUAAAUAGUUGCUGUGUAAGGAAGUGCGCGCUGCAAUGAAUGUGUGUGGGCGUGGAUGUGUGUGUGUGUGUAUCUGGAGACGUUUAAGGCAGCCGAACAUGUUGUGUUGUGGCAAUAAACGCAAGUGAUAUUGAGGAGUUCGUAAUUUCUACAUGUCAAUCCGGAGUCAAAGCCAAGGUAGGUAAACAGAAGCAUUUAAUAAAGCCAAGCAUUUUUCUACUACAGUACUUUAUUCUUGUUUAAAAAUGAUUCGGUGGAACAAUUAUGUUUAAAACUGAUCAUAAUUAUUACAAUUGAAGUGUUUAAAAAACAUUCAUUAAAUAUAUAUAUAUGGCGGAAAAAACAGAAAAGACUGAAAAAGCAGUUUCUGCUCUUGCACCCCUCUUUAAAAUAAACUGCUGUAUUUUAAGCCAAAAGAACUGUUGUGUUUGAUAGAACAAUAUGUCUAUAUGCUGCCAUAGCAGACUCAUGGCACAUUAAGCCCCUGAACUAUUUUUAAUUUCUCCCUUUUACCCUGUAAACCCCCGUUUACAGAUGUCACGCAACCGCUUUUGUUUCAAUCCAGCCAUAAAAAAAGGUACGCAAUACCGUAUUGGCCCGAAUAUAAGACAGUGUUUUUUGCAUUUAAAUAAGACUGAAAAAGUGGGGGUGGUCUUAUAAUCACGGUCUAGACAUUAUACCCAUUCACGACGCUAGAUGGCGCCAGAUAUCAUCGAAGCGAUGUUCUGUCAUGAGAUCUCAGCUACUCUCAAGUUUAACCAGUUUGUAUUAUUUUAUUGCAAUGUUUUUCCUUAUUCAGAUUUGUUUCAAGACUACAGUUACAGUUAGACUUCACUUUGAUGCUUAAUGCAGUUAUUGCAUUUUUGUUGUUUUAUCACAAUAGAUUGGUUUAUUUACAUUACAAAAACCAGAAGCCUGUAGUGACCACUACCUUGUGACAGAAUUCACCUAGGGAACUUGGGUGGGGGAUGUUGUCUUCCUGGGUGGAAACUAUAUUUCUGGCACACACACUCCAGGGUCAGAGCAGAGUUAAGAGAGUCGCGAGAUGCCAGACACGCCAAUACGAGCUCUACUCAACGAGCUAUCAAGACUCAACAACAUUCAUCCGCUACAAGCCAUUCAUUUACAAAUGUGAUUGCACUUUAGUUUACAUAUUUAAAUGUUCAGAUACUAAGAUUUGAAUGAGGCAAAAUAACAUGCUUUUUCUCUCAAAUAUAUUGCUAUCAUCAUUUGUUUCAGAUGUACUGUAAUUAUUUUCUGUAAAUAUUAAUUUGGUGUUCAAAAAGGCUUUGAACACCAAAUUAAUCUUGUCAAUCUUGAGUCUUGAAAAAGAGGGGGUCGUCUUAUAAUCAGGGCCGUCUUAUAUUCGGGCCAAUACGGUAUAUUUAUUAUUCAAAAUGUCAAAUGUCUGUCAUUUUUAGCUUACAAUCAUUAAUUGAUGUCUAAUAUUUCUUUAAAAAAAAAAAAAAAAAACCCCGACUUUAAUAAAUUAUUCACUCGCAUAUUUUGGACUUUUAACAAAUUACGUCACAAUGAAUUAAAUGGUGUCUGUAAUAUCUACCUCAUAACUAUCGCUUAAUUGUAUUUUUUGUUUGUUACUGUCGCAUUUUCCCGAUAUGUUAGAUGAUAAAUAGGGUUGUUCCGAUCAUGUUUUUUUGCUCCCGAUACGAUUGUUUUAGUUUGAGUAUCUGCCGAUCCCGAUAUUUCCCGAUCCGAUUGCUUUUUUUUUUUGCUCCCAAUUCAAUUCCAAUCAUUCCCAAUAAUUUUUCCCGAUCAUAUACAUUUUGGCAAUACAUUAAGAAAAAAAUGAAUAAAACUCGGACGAAUAUAUACAUUCAACAUACAGUACAUAAGUACUGUAUUUGUUUAUUAUGAGAAUAAAUCCUCAAGAUGGCAUUUACAUUAUUUCCAUUCUUUCUGUGAGAGGGAUCCACGGAUAGAAAGACUUGUAAUUCUUAAAGGAUAAAUGUGACUUUGUAUAUUGUGACUAAAUAUUGCCAUCUAGUGUAUUUGUUGAACUUUCAGUAAAUGAUACUGUAGCCAUGCCCAUAUGCAUGAUGGGAAGUGCAACCAUGACUGUGCUUAGUGCUACCAAUUGAUAUAUCUUCUCUGCGUUGGGAAAUAAAAUAAAAUUAAGCCUAAACUAAAGACUCUGGAUAAGUGUAACAUAUUAUGUCUGUAACGUUAAAUACAAUUACAAAACGAUAUAAUUAAAAAAUAUAUAUAUUAAAAAAAGGCAUGUCCGAUAUUUUUUUGCCGAUUCCGAUACUUUGAAAAUGACGUGAUCGGACCCGAUCGGUCCGAUCGGCAUCCCGAUCGAUCGAGACAUCUCUAAUGAUAAAUAAUCUAUCCAGACACAGAAAAAUUGUACAAAAAAAAAAAAAAGGGUAAAUACAUGAAAAAGAACAUCUCGACCACUCCUUGUUGUUUGCGAUUUUUGCAUCGCGACCCUUGUUAUAUUACCAUGUUUCACCCAUAAAAUCCAUCUGUGGCCAUUCACAGCUGUGUCUUGACGCUCGGUGAUACAUGAGUUUUUGGAUCGACAAAAAGUUAAGUAUGCGAUAAUAUCUCGUUAAAAUCAUGGUGUCUUUAAUUAUGCUCUUGUGUGCUCUCACCUCCAGUUAGGGUUUUGCUGUUUAUUUUAUUUAUUUUUUUUGUUGUUUUGUGGUUUAAUUUUUUUUUUUAACCCUCUUCAAUUCUUUUUUCUUCCCCCAGAAAAUUGAUAUUUUAAGCUUUUCAAUGAUGUACAGUAUUACACGAGCAUAUCAGACAGUUUUGAAAAUUGGCCAAAUUGGUGUCCCAGAGCCGAUCUUCAACUCACCUGAGUGUUUUCCGCCAAAUACAUUUUUUGUUUAAAUCAUACUUAGGGGCAAAAAGUGAAAACACAUGUCUUAUAUGUAUCUCUUUACAAUGCUAAAUCUGAAUAAAUACACUGAACACACAUCCCAAAAAUAUUUUUUUCGGGUGUGCUGCUUCGCGUUUUUUUUCACUUAUCGCGGUGGGUUCUGGCCCCCAAAAACCGCAAAAAAUGAGGGAUCACUGUGGUCAGGAGGAAUCAUCCAAAGUCUUUCCAAACAGCUAUUCAAGUCAACUAGUGAAAAUUGUUGCGUGGUUACGAGUCCUGACCCGGGCAAGAGGGACGGAUCGCGUCGCGCGGCGUGAAUCCAUACAACACCGGUUACAUGUGCACAUGUCAUUUUCUGAUAAAACAUUGCACAACCUGCCAUAUUAUGAAAAUGCCCUUUAUGGAAUUAUUUUCAACAAAUUUUUAAACAAAUAUUGUAGGUUUUACUUCAUGGGGGACGUAUGACUGUGACUGUAUGUGGCCACUCCUCCUACUGGACCCAAAGUUCAUAGGAUUAUAUGUAUAAUUUGUUGUACAGUACGUUGAUAUUAGGGGAGCGACUUUGGUACUGCUGACUUACAGGAGACAUCACCAUAUCAUAUAUUUUUAAGACUUGUUGGAAUUUAGUACCCCCGGCCAAAGCUGCACGGAAACGGCUGCGGCCGAACGGAAAUGGUGCUGCGCUGUUUACCGCCCCCGCGAGCCAGACUGGGAGGAAAACUUUGCGCGUUCCUGUGUUAACCCUUUGUACUGACCCCAAGACUCACCGAAAGCAGGUUGACAAUUUAUUCGUCGACAAUGGUCAAAAAACAAGGCAAAAACCGACGACGGAGGGACAAUUCUGGAUCCAGAACAAGGCUAGAUAGAAAAUGUUUCCGACCAGCAAGUCUGUCUUAUCUCCGUGUGAUAAGAUGGUGUUGUGUCUCUAUUCUGUUUCUUUAAACUAUGGUGUGCUAUUUAUUUUACAUUAGGUGUGUUAGAGUACUGCAGUCCUACAGUAAAUAUGAGAAAUGAUACUAUUCCCUGAUUAAUUAUAUUACGUGUGUUCGAGUAAUGCAAACAGACGGUGCCUAUGAGAAACGGUACCAUUUUUCCUUUUCCUCCUCAUGAGCGCCGAUAAGGUGAUUCACUUUACUGUGUUCAAGGGCACGGAGGGAAGUCUGCCUAAACUUUAGUUAGAUGAAUGCGUUAGACUAAUGCAAACAAUUAUAUGGUGUGUGCGAGAACGGUACCUAUUCCCUUCAGACUAUUAAGGUAGUGUUCGCGUGCGGUUUUUCUUUCGUAUAUUUUUCUUUUUGUUACAGGGGGUACCGCCCCCUCAUACAUGAUGGUCACACAGGUUAUGCGUUCAAUCUCAUUGCUGAAGAUGUAUGCCACAUUUAACUUCUGUGACUGCAAAACAAUCACACACAAAAAAUAUGUACAUAUGUGAUAUUCUUUGUACAUAGAGGAGAUGGUGAUACAAUAGUUUUCAAAAGAAUUCCUUCCCAACAGACACUCUCACAAAAAUCACCGAAUUACUCAUGUGGUUGGGAGACAACUGACGGUGGCCAUAAGUGGUACCAUGUACAUAUGAAGAUCCGAGAAAUGAACCCUUUCUCCAACCAAUUGAAUUCAGUGGUUCAAUGCCUCAUGAAGCUUCAUCUCACCAUCACUAUAAAACAGCCUUUAAAGAAGUUUGAAAAAUACAAUUGAUCGGAUACAUCCAAAAGCAUUUGAGGCUGACCUGCGGUUGUUGCUCCUUGGCACGACUGGAGGCAGAGGAGUCAAGGCAGCUUAUAUGGUGAAUGGCUAAUUGGCAUAAUGUGACUUGUCAUGUGACGUGGUGCAUUCAGGGAGUGUGUGAAAAAGGAGCACCUGCGAAGAAUUGGGCAAUACCUUUCAUAUCGCAGCCACAGCACGGCUACAUGAAGAUCAACGGGACACGCGACACGAGUGAAGCUCGCGGUCUCGACGUUCCACCUCUGUACGUGGGCACCCGUGUUAUUGCUUUGCUUUGGCGCUGGCUUGGUUCCACAUCUGCCUUCAUAAACACAAAAUUUCCUCGUUCGUAUUUUAGGACACAUUCAACCUUUUUGAUGCCUCGGAGCUUUUCAGGUUCCUGAUUGCAUUUCAAAAAUAAAAUACAAGAAUAUUUUGGUUACGGUGACUUAGCCAUUUCGUCAUUUUGUCCUCCGAUGUCGUGAUGACGGCAGAUGGAUGCUGGCUUUCCAAGUUUUCUUUUUUGAGGGAUUUUGAUGAGCGAUGCCACUCCAGCUCCAUUGUUGUUUUGGUUAGAGAACGUGUAAAACGGAAGUCGCGAGCAGAAAUGUGGAAGUAAACCGGAAGGCUCCUCGGAACCUUGUCUAUUGGACAUUAAAAUAUUUCUUCUACUGAUUUCUUUUGACCUCUGUUUAUAUUUUGUACAGAAUCAUUUUUUGGUGUUUUUUUUAGAUAAAUGGGGAAGAUAUAGACCAUGGAAAUUUUUUUAUGAAAUAAAUGUGAAGUCUGAGCCCAUGCGUAUUUCAUCCGUCAACCCCAUACAAUAACCUAACCUAACUUAACCCUAACCACACUCGGCUUCAAACCUUUUCACUACCCUGAGCCCAAAACCCUAAGGAAAUGAUGUGAUUAAAAAAAAAAAAAAGAGCCUGUAGUGAUUACAUUUUGCUGCCAGUAGAGGGCAACACUUUCCUACAUAAAAACUGAUAAUACUGACACAACGCUUUAGCUUCAAGGGAAGAAAUAUGCAAGGAAAUGAAUCCAAUUGCUGCCAUUGACAGUUCAUCAAGGAAUUCUUCACUUCAUCUUAGCGAUGGACAUGACAGACGUCCAAUUUGAAUUCUAGCGCCGUCAGUGGCACAGAAGCAUUCUCAUUCACUGCUAGCACAAAUACACACUUGACUCUGGGCACGUGACUUUAAAGGUGUUUUAUUAAUAGCUUUUUUUUCCAUGUACAUUACAGAUACAUGAUAGAAAAUAUCUGCAGUAGUGAAAGUGCCUGCAAUUAAUUCUGUGCUAUGUAUUGUUUACUCAUCUUCAUCACACCUAUCAAAUUCACCGUUCUACAAAAAACAUUGGGUAUCCAUUUGCAACAACUGGACAUUUUCAGAGCCUCCUGAAUGACUACUGCUUAUUUGCAAAGUGAUUAUUAUGGCUCGAUUGUCUGCAUCUUGUUUUUUAUUUUGUGUGUGUCUCUCUUUUUUUGUUUGUUUGUUUGUUUUACACACACCUCAUGUUAUCAUAAAUGACAAAAAGGCUUCCGAUCAUUUUAACAAGACAUUUUUGAUGGUGAAACCUGCGUCCUGGGCUAAAUCUUACAGUUUUAAGGGGGUUUAUCUACAAUCUAAUUAUUUGCACACAUCCCACUUUUCACACAAAAAACGCACAACAUCGUCCUGAGUUGGGAGGCCAAAGCCCUAAUGUUUGCACUAUUAUAAGUGACAUCUGCCCGGCUGGCAAAAUGGGGCUGGAAUAGCGGGAGGGAAUGAUGGCUUAGCCCUGGUCCCCCAGAGUAGGGACCGCAUGAAAGGAGAACGACUUUCCUCUGCCACAUUUACAGUUAACACACAUAGCGUAUUUUCCGAACUAUCAGUCGGACUCCAUACUCACGUGCGACUUAUAUAAUGUUAAUAUAUAGUAUUUGACAUCUUCUGAAAUGUAAAACUACAACUACAACCAGCCGCAAGAGGGCGCUCUCGGCUUGCGAUGAACAGGCCAAGAAACGUUAGCGCUCUCAUGCUGCGUUCGGACCGGCCGGGUUUUGCCGCUCGACAAAAAAUUUUUGUUUUGUGUUCACACAGACUUCCAACGUCACCGAAGGUCCGCGUACCCCGAAAAACGCUCGGUUCACGUAACGUAAAACUACUGUAUUUUUCGGACUAUAAAUCACAGUUUAUUUUCAUGGUGUAGCCAGGGGUGCGACUUGCUCCAGAGCAACUUCUGAAUGAAACGGUUAACACAUUGUUACAUCAUUUCACAUGUUCUUUAUGCUAUAGUUAUAUACGUUAACAUACCGGGCAUGUUCUCAGUUUUUUUUUUUUUUAAGACGUUGUGUGCGUUAGCAUACCGUCCACUUAUUCAGCCUGUUGUUCUUUAUUAUAUUUUUAUUAGGGCUGUCAAAAUUAUCGCGUUAAUGGGCGUUAAUUAAUUUUUUAAAUUAAUCCCGUUAAAAAAUUUGACGCAAUUAACGCACUUGGCCCAGCUCAGACAGAUUUAAAUGACAGAGGAGUGAAAGGCCCACUUGUUAAUUGUGUUUUGCGGAGUUUUGCUGCCCUCUGCUGGCGCAUGGGUGCGACUGAUUUUAUAGUGUAAGUAAUUAUUGCCAUCAACAAUGGCGGGCUACAAGUUUAUUUUUUGAUUGAAAAUUUUAUUAAAACGAAAACAUUAAGAGGGGUUUUAAUAUAAAAUUUCU